UCUGGGGGCGGAAGGCGCUGAGGCGGCGGCGCCGCCAUUUUGUGCUGGAGCUGCCUCAGGAUGGAGUCGAAACCCGAACCGGAGCUGUCCGCCGCCCGCCGAGCCUUCAGACUCACCGCCCCGCCACGGAGCGCCGCUCCACACACCCCUCCGCACCGCUGGCAGCGCUGAACGCCCUCAUGGAGCACAGCGGUCGCGAACGCGCCGGCCCCGGCUUGGGAUGGGCCCGACUGGGCCUGGCCGCGGCCUGGCCGAAGCUGGCGGGGCCCAGCGCGGCGCCCGCCGGCGGCUCGUCCCCGGCGAGCCCGCCCUUCUCGUGGCUGCGCGCGAUGUCGCAGCUGCUGUCGCCGCUGCCCGCCCUCCUGCAGCGGCUGCUGCCCGGCGCCGCGCUGAGCUCCGCGCUCUGCCCCGCCAAGGCACCGCCGCCGCUGGUGCUGCUGCCCAAGGACACCUCGCUGGACUGGACCGAGGAGGAGCCCCCGGAGAAGCGGCCGGAGGGCGGCCCGGAGCCCCCGGCGGGGCUGUGGGGAGCGGGGCUGGUGCGGAGCAGCCUGGGCGCCCUUCCCGUGGAUUGGUACGUGCUGGGCUUGGAGCAGGGCAAGAGCCACCUGCCGCAGCCCCUGCGAGCCGAGGGCUUGCCCGAGGUUGAAUUCCUGCGCAGCAAGCGCCUGGCGUUCCUCCAGCGCUGGCAGCUGCCCGUGCCCGAGCCCGACCACGGCUACCACAGCCUGGAGGAGGAGCAGCAGCAGCAGCACAGGGGUGUCUGCAGGGAAACUGGGGAGCAGCGCGGCAAUAGCGGGGAUUUCGAGCAGCCCGGGGAUGCGGGGAGACAGCCUGGAGGUGUCCCCGUGGAGCAGGAGCGGCUCCGGGAUGCGGCUGAGGAGGGGGAAGCCUUGGCUGAAGAGGAACGUGAGGACUCGGGAACGGAGCGAGACUUCCCAAUUUCCACCAGACCUGCCUGCGCGAAUAAAUUAAUUGAUUAUAUCAUCGGGGGAGUAUCCAGUGGGGAGGAGAGUGAGGAUGAGGAAGACUGGGAUGAUGAUGAUGAUGAAGAUGAUGACGGGUUUGACAGCGAAGAGCUGCCCUCGGACUCAGACGCCGGCAGCCAGGACGGGGAGAGGCUUCUUCUAUGGAAUUCCUUCUACAGCUUGGAUCCCUACGACCCUCAGAACUUCACAGCCACCAUCCAGACGUCUUCCAGCGAGCCGGGAAAGGGGAUGUCGGACAUGGAAGAGGAGGAGGAGGAGGAGGAGGAAGACUCGUGGGCAGAGUCCUCCGAGGGCUCUCCGAGUUCCGAGGAGGACGAGUGGGACUGUGAGAGCGUGGAUGAGGCGGAAAACUUGAAACUUUGGAACUCGUUCUGUAGCUCGGACGAUCCCUAUAACCCUUUGAAUUUCACGGCGGCCUUUCAGACAGCGGAGAAAAAAGGGACGCCGGGUUUCCCUGGGGCAGAGAGGGCGAGUUCUGUCACCUCUGAGCAUUUCUCCGUGUGCAGGGUACAGCUGGAAAAACACAACUGCGGGAGCACUGAACUGGGGCAGCGCAGGGAGAAAACUGCGAGUUCCAAGAGGAAAAAGGUGACAUUCCAUGAAGAAGUGACUGAGUAUUACAUCAGCAGCGAGGAGGACCGGAAGGGGCCCUGGGAGGAGAUGGCUCGGGAUGGAUGCAGGUUCCAGAAACGCAUCCAGGAGACUGAGGAAGCCAUUGGCUACUGCCUGAGCCCAGAGCACAGACUGAGGGUAUUCCAUAGGCUCCAAGAAUUCCAUUCCCAGAGGACUGACCCCCUUCUAGCACCUUAAAACUCCUGGAAUUUGCCUGACCCUUAAAUUAAUGAAAUCUCAACCACGAGUGGCAGCUGCAUGUGCUGAAAAGGGGAGAGAAAAAUGGGAUUUUUUUUGGUCCCUUUUUUUUUUUUCCCCCACUUUGAUAUACAACAAAUUCUCGUUUUGAUAUCCAGAUAAAACCCGUGGAGCUCCCUCAAAGGGUGCUCUAAUUGCAUUCCUGUUAAUUAGCACUUGACACAACCAGACUGCUUGGGGUUUGAUCCAUUCCCAAAAAAUGCCUUUUCCUGCUCUACCUUGGGAAGUGUGGGGACUGUUCCGUUGGAUUUUUGCACUUUGGAGAAAAAAAAAAAACAAAAAAACCUAUUUUGAAGGAAAUAUUUAUGGGGUUCACUCCCUGGAAUUGCAGUUUUGAUUUAAAAUUCCCUGAGGGAUGUGCAGGUGAGGGUUUGUUGUUUUGUUUUUUUGGGGUUUUUUUUUGUGUUUCUCCUUUUUUUCCAGCUUCUCCAAAAGCCUCAUUUUUAAAAAUCCCUUCCUUUAAGGGAUUUUUUUUCCCCACUUUUUUUUUUUUUUGCUUGGAGUAUUCCAAUGUUUGAGUGGUUCUGGACCUUUUUGAGGUUUGAAUAUUCCAACCAAGCUUUGGUUGGAUUGAUUUAAAUCAUUCCCUUUUCCAGGAUUAUUCCAAAGGGUUCUGGCUGCUUGUCCCAACAAAUUCCUUGGUUCUUAGGGCAAGGAAAUUCCUCAUCCCAAUUAAUAAUUAAAGCUUAAUGAGGCUGUGGAUGAUGCUUGAAUUUAGGGAGGAAAAUUCCUGAAUUAUUUAAUUAAUCUUUGCUGUAAUUCUGCUUUGGGAGAGGGAUUGAAGUGAAUUUUUAUAUCCAAUCUGCUUGUCCUGAUAAUUUUCUUGGAUUUAAGGAAAUUUAAAGGCAACAAUUCCCUGUUUUCUUUCCCAAAAAUCAGUAUUAACUCUUUGUGUCUGCACUGGGGUCACCAAAAACAUUUCAGUGAGAGGACAAAACUCUUUAUUUAUAUUCUUAAUUUAAAAUAUGACGUUAUUUAAUCAAAAUCUUUGAGGGAAAAAAGGGGUUUUGGAGCUGGAGGUUGGUGUGGGAAUUUUCCCAAGCAGGGAAUAAAAGUGGAAAAAUUCCAAUGUUUGCACAAAGCUGGGUCAAUAAAUUCAAUUAUUUGUUCAGCUGGCCAGAAUAAUUUCCAUUCUGUAGAAGAAAAACCUUAAAGUGCUUUAAAUUUAUCCUUAAUUCUUUCAGGUUUUUAAUUUGGAAGAAAAUAUAUUUAUUCCUGCUUUAUCCUGACUUGAAAAUCCCAGAAGUUUUGGAUUUAUCCUUUAUUUUUAUUGCAGGAAGUGGCUACUUUGAGUUGAAAAAUCCCCUUUUUGUGGUGGAAUUAGAAAAAUCUAGGGGAUUAAUUAAAUUAGAGUUGUGUUAAUUCAAAUCCCAGCUGUUUGCCAUCCCAAAAAUCAGAUUUUUUUCCUCCAAAAAUAAUUAAAAAUUUGCAUCAACCCCUUCAAAUCCUGAGAAAUCCACUUGGAAUUUUUGAGGAUUUUACUCACAUUGGAUCUGUUUUUUAAUUCAGGGGGUGGAAAAACCAACCAAAAAAAAAAAAAAAAAUGGAAUUCCAAGAAGAAAAAUGUGUGGAUUUAUGAUCAUUCCAAGGAAAACACAGCACAUGAAUUUUUCCAUGGAUCUCCCAGUUGGUUUUUUCCCAGGCAUCUCCCAAUCCCUGGGAUUUUGGGAUUGUGCUGCUUCAGUUCUUUAUGGACAACUCGGAUUUUUUGGUGCUCAGGAGAACCUUGGGAGCGCUGGGAAUCCACAGCUGCUUGGAAAAAAAAAUGGGAUUUAAAGAAAGGAACAGCUGCUUCCAAAGGGUUUGAAACCUUGGGAAAAAUGAGAUUUUUUUUUUUUUAAUCAAAAUUCCCAUGGAUGAGCUUUUCCCCACUUCUCCAACCUCCUUUUUUCCAGCUAUUCCAGCAGGAAAUGGAAUGGAAUUACCACCAAACCCAUCCCUGAACACCUCAGAGCUCCCUUUUUUCCCUCUAAAAAUUCCUUAAAAUAGGUGGGAAGGAAAACUUGGAGGGAUUUAAAUCAAAACUGUGAUCUGCAGAUUUUUAUUUUUGUAUCAUUUCGGGAAUUGGAUUUGGCUUUCUAUGGAUUUUCCUUGAUUUGUGGCCGCUUUGUUGGGUUUUUUCUACCUAAAAAUUCUAUUUCUGUACAUAAGAAACUAUUCAGGACUAAUCCGUGCGUUGUAAUAAAGAGAUUUGCAAGAUAAA